UUGUUACCAAAUUCUCUAAUUCACUUCUACUCGCAUCAAAUUACUUAUAAGAUUCCGAAUUGCACCUUUGUCAUGUACCCUUGCCUGCUAACUAGUCCUCACAAUGCCCGGCGACUCAGCCAAAGCGCCAUUCAAUAAUGCAAAGGCCGAUAUCAUCUUGUGUUCUUCAGACAAUGUCUACUUCCGCGUCUUCCGCUGCAUGCUCGCACUUUCCUCUCCAUUCUUCGAGGCGAUGUUCGACCUUCCCCGACCAAGUAGGGACCACUGUAAAGAUGAGAUGUUUGACGGCCUAGACGUGAUUUGGGUGUCAGAGAACAGCAGGACACUCGACAUGCUAUUGAGAUUUUGUUAUCCGGCAGCGGUAAAAGAUCCCGGUUUGGAGGACAUUAAUGAUGUGGAGCAAGUCCUGGAGGCUGCAAUGAAAUACGGGAUGGAAGAUGUUGAAGAGAGAGUGAGGAAAGCCAUGGUUACCACGUCCCUCCUAGAGAGCAACCCCGUACGCGUCCUCGCGAUUGCAUGUCGGUUUAGUCUCGAACCAGAAGCCGGGAUUGCGGCACGAUAUUCGCUUCAUCACACAGCCCCAACGCAUGACUCCCUUGCUGCAGAACACCUUCCUAAUAACGUCAUUCAGGGCCUCGUCGCAUAUCGCUCUAGGUGCGGCCAAGCGGCCAGAACGCUUUGCGAUAAUCUGGACUGGCUGAAGAAGUCACAGACGCACAGUUUCUACGAGUGGUGGACAAACUGCUGUCCAUGUAACUCAAAGGCAGACGUCAGGUACCUGAUACAUGGAACUUAUCCGCGGGAGUGGUGGGCGGAUUACAUGGACAGGACAUCCAUAUUGACGAAAAAUUUGGAAGAAGCUGUCGAGAGGGCAAAUAGUUGUCCCUCAUGUCGACGGCGGGCGCAAGACCAGAUGAUUCAGUUCACCGAGACUUUUGCUCGGGAAUUAGACAGAGUCAUUGCCGAGAUCGCUUUAGAUAUCGCCAUUUGAUGCAGGGUCGACACGACUACCUGCACUGUGCACUUACCACUUGCGCAUCAAAAAUCAGCGGAGACCGCUAGGCUCAGCUAUUUUGUUCAAUCUAUCACAGCUGAACCAGCUUAGAAUUACCCUGUUAUCAAGGACUUACUAGUAGAGCCGGUAUCUGCUGUACAAGCACUUCUGGUGAGUUAAACAUAUAAUAGAUAUUUAGACUGUAGAGAACUUUCCAUCUAAUGACAGAACGACAACCACUUACUGCGCGUUACUUGGUAUCGUGAUCAUCGUACAACUUUUGCGCUUUCCCUAGAAAACCUAUGUGCAACACGUUCUUAUAAUCUGGAAGCAAGUCGAUGCCAUCGAAUGUUAGAGCCAUCCUAAAGG